AUGGCCGAGCCCCAGCGCGAACGCGACGGAUCGGACUACGACUCCUCCGACGAAGCCAUCACCAUCACCCUCACCCAUCGCAACAUCCUGCGCACAUUUAAGUUCCCUAGCGACGGCACGAUAACCCACCUAUCCGAAGAUGUCGAAGACACCCUCUCCAUCCCGCUAUCGAACCAAAAGUUCAUCGUACCGAAGCUCGGCCUCCUCAAACCCCCGUUCAAAGACCUGGAAAUGUCCCUCGCCGACCUGCAAGGCAAAAAGAUCAUGCUCAUGGGCGCCGAGGCAAAAGAGGUCGCGUCGCUGCAGGCCGCGUCCGAGUUCGCCGCCAGACGAAACGCCGCCCGCAGCGCCGCCCGGAAGGCGAACCGCCCGUCGAGGAGGAGGGACCAGGCGCGCUCCCAGGCGCACAGCACCUACACGUUCCUCUCCGUCAAACCCCUGGGCGGACUGCCUCACCCGGAGCGCUCGCUGGCGCUGUUGGAGAAGCUGAAGGAGGACCCGGGCAUCCGCGCCUCGAUGGUCAAGCACAAGUUCAGCGUCGGCUUGCUGACGGAGAUGGAACCGCUGUCGAACACGCAGUCGAGCCACGAGGGGACGACGAGGCUGCUGGGGUUAAACCGCAAUCAGGGCGAGGUCAUCGAGUUGAGGCUGAGGACGGAUGCGCACGACGGGUACAGGGACUACAAGACCAUCCGCAAGACUUUGUGCCACGAGCUGGCGCACAAUGUACAUGGCCCCCACGACAGGAACUUUUGGGAUUUGUGUCACCAGAUUGAGCGCGAGGUCGAUGCGGCGGACUGGAAGCAUGGCGGACAGACCGUAGGGCAGACAUCGUCGUAUCACGCGGCCGCCGAAGAUGAUGACGAAGAGUUCGAGGAUCACGGGGGCUGGGAAGGUGGCGACUUCGUUGUUGGAGGUAGCGCCGCUGAUAACAAGGGUCUAAGUCGGCGGGAGAUCCUGGCCAAAGCUGCAGAGGAAAGGUUGAGGAAGAUGAACAUGGAGAGAAGAGAUGGCGGAAAACCUGAUUCAGGGGCAUCGCCAUGA